AUGGGGUUGAAGAGCUUGGUUGGUUUGCCGGAACGUCUUGACAAUUACCAUUCACCAGUCGAACCAAAUGUCAAAGUGGAAAACUUCGGUGACCGUGGCUUUGGUCUCGCCACUACCGCGCAGAUAAAUGUCGGCGAGCACAUUUUUCAUGAGCGGGUCAUGCUGCUACCAGAAACUGACAAGGAUUUGCAUCCAUCAAAAUACGACGCCUUGGUCCUAGAAAAACUGAAACAGAUGCAUAUCGAAUUCCAAGCCUUUUUCAAGUUACUUCCAAAAGCCGGAGAUGAUAAUGAGCUGGAUAGCCCAGGUGCAAAGUUUGACCGAGCGGGAGCCACCGAGCGGAAGUUUGUCUCAAUAAGGGCAACAAAAAUAAUACCUAAGGGAGAGGAAGUGACUGUCCCUUAUGAUUUUAUUCAUAUGGCCCCAGCGGUUAGAAGGCAGUACAUGCUUAACCGGUUUGGAUUUGUCUGUCGUUGCAAUUCCUGCGACUUCCCUAGUCCAGCCAUGGAGGAAUGCUUCGCAAACAUGCAGCAGGACCUUAGACUUAUCUCAACACAAUUCUUCUCCGUUAUGGAUCCGGCAGUAUUCUUCCAAGCGGUUGAACGGUUAUAUAUCCUGACGAUAAUCCUGUCCAUCCGUGACUUCCGGACCGCACAAGUCCUUGAACAGGCUGCUCGGUUUGCGGCUUACCAUUCUGACCGUGGCCGGGCACUAGCAUUUCUGAUGAUGGCUAAAGCUCAAUAUAGCUUUGUUGAAGGAGCGAAAGGACCUCAUGUGGCUUGGAUAUCUAAACAUGAACAUGACGUAAGUCUGAUUCCAGGCUACGGGACAAAGGUAACGGGGCAAUCCAAGGAUACGGAUGUCUAUAAGAUAGGUCCUAUAGAUAGAAAAGGCGUGGCUAUCGCAUGUAUGGCCGGCAUUAGGAAGGGCAGAUACCUCCACUUGAGCUCUCUGCCAGACCGCCAGCAACCCCGCGCGAAGGACACUGAGAGCUCGUUAAAGCCAGAGGAAUUGGAGUCCCUGAUCAAAACCUUGGAGGAACAAAAGAAACUCCAUGAUUGA